AUGGGAAGUUAUGUACACCUAUUUCUUAGUGAAUAUUUAGAUGAUAUGCCAGUUCAUAUGUUAUCAUUGACAUUUAUUAUGAUGGCAUUUGGUUGUCUACUCUUUUCAAUUGGUAGUAUAGGCGUAUUUGGUGUUUGGUCUGGUCGACGUACAAUUAUCCUCAUAUAUGCAGGACUUUUAACAGUUGCAGUUUUGAGUGGAAUAACCAUUACUACUAUUACUCUGAUUUUACGGAAAAAGCAUAAAUGUUGUGGUGUCCAUUCGCCUAUUGAUUAUACGCAAACUUAUGAAAGUCCACCGGAAUCAUGUUAUGCUGAACGACAAGAUCAACCGUUUACCAAGGGUUGUGCCAAUCAACUUACAGAUAUGGUUCAACUUUACUUGCUAAUUAUCACAAUAUUAAUAAUCAUUUCAAUACCAAUUGAAAUCUGUUCAGUCAUUUGUGCUGUACUGUUGUUGAACAAAGUGAAGUCAAUCCCUUGGCGUAUGCGUCUGGCUUAUUGUUGA